AUCAAAACCUUCAAAACACAAGAAAUGGCCAGCCAACAAAUUACGCAUGCGCAGUAGUCGGCGCUUUAAAACAAGUCUUGAGGAGGGAACAUGAAGUCACUUGCAGGUGGACUUGAAUUAUAGUCGAGGAUACCAGCUGCUGAUUACACAUGGGAACCACAUAGCUGUGGUUGAAUUGCAUCGCUGAGGCGUUGCAGGAUGAAAAGUCUCUGUGUUCGCCAUGACUCUGAGAUCCACGCUGUUUCCAAAGACGGGAUUCAAGCAGAACACUGACACCAUCGACUCUGACAAAACGCACAUUGGGGCCGCCACCGUGAGUCCUGUAAGCCUGAAGAGGGAGUCCUGCGACUUUGUUAUAGAUGUUCAAGACGUGCAGGGGGGCCAGAUCCCGACCAAAUCUAAGGUCUUAGACCAGAAUUACAUGACAAGCAAAGUUGCCGUCGCUGCCACAGUUGCAGAAGUAGUUCAAGGAGACACUAAAACUGUGGGGGUAUUGUCCCCUGUCAGACCAAUGGGGGGUGAGGGAACCCCAGUGAAAGGUAAACCCCUCUCUGUUGACAACAUGGAUAACCCUCAGAUGGCUGUGAACAAUAACCCAAAGGAUGCUGGUGCUGAUGACAGCGCGAAGGGGGUUGUCCCUGGAGUUCUCGGCACCGCAUCCAUUGAACUCUCCUCUGAGGGCAAGUGGAGGAACAUUAGGAAGACCCCUGCCAAUCCCCACACACAGGCCAACUGCCUCCGACAGAUCUUGCUCCUGCAACUGGACCUCAUCGAACAACAGCAACAACAGUUGCAGUCCAAGGACAAGGAGAUAGAUGAGCUCAAAGCAGAUAAGGAGACACUGCUUGCACGUAUUGAGCGUAUGGAGCGUCGGCUGCAGCUCACAAGGAAGGACCCGCCACGUGACAAGCGCCUUUUCCAGCCCCUGGAACCAUGGACCCCAGACAAAGAGGACAUGUGGGAUCUGGAUGUAGAGGACAGUCCACAGCCCAACCAAGCCACUCCACUCCCAUUUAGUCGAGGUGGUAAAGGUCAAAAAAGGAAAUCUUGCUUUGGAGAUGGAAAAGUCCAAAAAUCGCGGGGCAAAAGUGCCAAGCUUAGCCCCCAGAAACCUGAGAUUCAGCCCGGCUCCCCCAAUCAAAGAGAGCUCCGCAGUAAGGAAACCCCAGAGAAGACAGUUCCUCUGAGGUCUGGGGCAGAAAGGGACAUUUUGCUUCCGUGCAAAGAGGAGCCUGAGCUGAGCUGCCAGAUGGAAGAUCUGCCCUUCAUGUCUACCACAGAGAUGUAUCUCUGUUGUUGGAACCAACCUCCUCUGUCCCCUCUGCGUGAGACUUCCCCUAAAAAGGAGGAAGAGGUGGCCAGUGAGUGGACUCCUCAUGUAGUACAUGAUAUGCUGAUUGUUUUCCCAUCCUGGAGAGAAAAUUACAUAGAGCCCUUGGAUGACGACGACUCCUUCAACUCUGCUGAGCCGCUGGAUGACAGUGUGUUUUUGAAACGCCACUCGAAGCUGGAGUUGGAUGAGAAGAGGAGGAAAAGAUGGGACAUCCAGCGAAUCAGAGAGCAGCGCAUGUUUCAGCGUUUACAGCAGCGCAUGAACAGGAAGAAAGUCGUCCAGGAGACGGAGCCUGAGCUUUCAUCCUUCUACCCUGACACUGAAGAUGUUGAAACUAUAGUGAUCACUCCCUUCUUGCCUGUGGUUGCAUUUGGCCGGCCGUUGCCCAAACUCGCACAACAGAACUUUGAGCUGCCUUGGCUGGACGAUCGGAGCCGAUGUCGCAUCGAGGUGCCCAAAAAACACACACCUCACCGGACCUGUCGGAAGUGAGACCCUCGUGGCAUGAACAGUGGAGAGACGCCGCUCCACGCCCAGAUUAGAGAAUGCCUCAUUUGACUUGUCUGUGGUGUGUGUGUGGGGGGUGGGGGAGAGACAAGUCACCAGUCACUAUGUAUAACUGUUGUUGCUUUCAGUCUGUGGGAGAGUACAUGACUCUCCGGUCUCAACAUGCCACCCCAGACCAGCUGAUCUCCCGCAAAGUAUUGGGAAAUGAGGGGAGAUAGCUGCGCCAUUGGGUGUCCUUGAUAUUUUUGGUCUCAUUUACACCUCUGAAAGGAAUAUUUAAGCUUAAUGCUGCAUGAUUAGAGUCCUCCCUGUUGGCAGCCAGUGAAGAUUACACAUCAGUUUCUAUCCUAAUAAAUGUACCAACAGUUAUAUGCAUGUUUGAGAUACAAUUAGUCAGAGCUGUGCCAUCCAAAACUGACUUUAUUAAACAGAAGUGGAGUUUCUGUCAGUUUUUAUGCAUUGUCAUCUGACAGGAAAACCGGGGACUCUAAUCUUGAUGUGGGGGCAAAAAAAAUAAGCUUGGAUGCCAUUUAGACUGAAAAGUAGAGCUUGAACUGUUGAUCAUAACCAACACAGCUACAACAUCUAGCUCUGGGUAGUCCGACCACACUCAUUCUCCCUGCCUAAGUGGAAAAAAGUCAAAAACUUGACUGUAUCGUGCUGUGUAUUGCCUAUAUCGUUGUUUGCACACAACUUCAAAUAAGAUUUUAUCAAUGUUAAGUGUGAUAUCUGGAGUUUUGAGCCACACUCAGCAUGAUUUCAUAUUUAAAAAAUUGCAGCUCUUGAACCAAUCCAGCAACCAAAUGAUUGUUCUGUGUUGUCCAGGGUUUGCUUCAUGAAAACAAAGGCACGGAAAAUUAGACCAGUGGUAAAACUUGACAUGAAACCAAGUGAUCUGUUCCUGGUUUUGUUUCUUUAUUUGUUUGUUUUUUUCCUUCUUCUUUUAUGUGAGUUGCAUGGACUUUAGCUGUGUCAAAAAAAAGAUGGUAGCAUGGCUUAACCCCAGAAUGGAGAAUAAUUAAUCUCUGCUCAUUGGGCGACAAAAACUACAAAAUAUUGUUCUUGAAAGCAUGAUCCUUUUGGCUGCUCUGUUCAGUUAAGAGUUGCUGCGUUCAGCCUGAACAGCCUAAUCAUAAGGCGAUCUGAUAACAAACUAGUUUUGAUCUUGUGUUUCCAAUCUUUACAAUACGCUUACAUCCAGUUAAUAUUAAGCAAGUUAUGUGUAUGCAUUGGUCUCCUCGAGGAUGCCGUUAGCUGACAUUCACAGGAACCAUUUUAGAUGCUAAAUAAGCUUUCUAGCUGUAGUUAUAGCGAUGUUCACCAGUAUGCUCUUUAACAUGCUGCCAGUUAACCUCUCCCUCUCUGACUUAAUCUCAGUCACAAUCGCAGUGUUUGAUUUGCUGCCCAUGUUUUUCUCCUCGCUGCGUUUGCUCAACCUGUUUUACAUAUGAUGCAAUGGCUUUCCGCAGCUCCAAUAUUUCGACUGCCAGGCGUAUGUGUAGGCAGACUUUGGAAUUACAAAGUUGAUCUUUUCUUUUUUUGUUCUGUACAUAGCUUCCUGAAACAAAUGUACAUAAAACAUGGCUGUUAUUUUUUUAUUAUUUAAUGUUGGAAGUGUUGAGUACAUUCAAUAUUGUUCUAUGAUUGUAUGUUGACAAAUUGACAGUUUUGAAAGUUAAAUUUUUUUGGAAUAAAAUUAACUUGUCUAUGA